GACGUCAUCAUCCUGCGACGAAACACACACACGAAAAUAAUGGCGAUGUUGGUUGGGGACCGCUGGAGGGAUGAGCUCCCUAAUCACGAAAUAUUCUGUAAACUGCAAGAGAGCCGGAAUCUGGAGCCACAGGGGACGAGCAGGAGGAUCGUUAAAAACCUUACGUUUUGCCUGAACGGAGAUUUGUUUGUGUGGGACAAUUUGGAAAGCGUGUUUUAUACAACAAACCUCCGGCAGCUCAACUCCGAGCUUCCUUCACACACGGAGAAAUACCAGACUUUGAUGUGCAUCAACCCACCGCUGUUCGAAGUGUGUCAGGUGCUUCUCAGUCCCACUCAGUAUCAUGUGGCUCUCGUUGGUCAGCGUGGGGCGACAGUGCUGGAGUUACCCCAACGAUGGGGCAAGAAGUCCGAAUUCGAAGGUGGACGCCUCGAGAUCAAUUGCAAGACUAUUCCUGUGGCUGAGCGCUUCUUCACCAGCUUGACCUCUGUGACCUUGCGCCAAGCUGCUUGGUACCCCAGUGAGACGGAGGAGCCCCACCUAGUGCUGCUCACCUCAGACAACACCAUCAGGUUCUACAGUCUUAAAGAGCCUCAGACCCCAGCCCGAGUGCUUCCCGUGUCUCAGUCUGAGGAGGAGACCAGCAUCCACCCAAGAGGGCGCUCGUACGCAGCCUCUCUGGGCGAGAUUGCGGUGGCGUUCGACUUUGGGCCGUUAGUCAGCGCCCCUCGUCACCUCGCCGGUACGCGCCUGAAGGAACACCUGCUGGUUUACCCGUUAUACAUCCUCUAUGGGAAUGGGGAAACGUUUCUGAGUUACACGUCUCUCACCUACACUAAUCUCGGGAAGCUCCUGGGUCCUCUACCCAUGUACCCUGCUGCAGAAGAUAAUUACGGAUACGACGCCUGCGCCGUGCUCUGUCUGCCCUGCGUGCCCAACAUCCUGGUGAUCGCAACUGAAGCAGGAAUCCUCUAUCACUGCGUCGUGUUGGAGGCGGAGGGGGAAGAAGACGGUGGAGCUGUAGAGAGGUGGUCGCGAGGUUCCGAGACGGUGCCAUCGCUCUACGUAUUUGAGUGCAUAGAGCUGGAGCUCACUCUCAAACUGGCCGCCGGGGAAGAAGACGAGCCAGCGGAUUCGGACUUCACCUGCCCGAUCCGAUUACAUGGAGACCCUCUUUGUCAGCACAGGUACCACUGUACACACGAGGCGGGCGUUCACAGUGUAGGACUCACGUGGUUCAACAAACUCCACAAGUUCCUGCAGUCGGAUGAGGAGGAUAAGGACAGCCUGCAGGAGCUGACAGCUGAGCAGCGCUGCAUAGUCGAGCACAUCCUCUGCACCAAACCCCUCGCAAGCAGUUUGCCAGCUCCAGUUCGUGGUUUCUGGAUCGUGUCUGAUCUGUCUCUGGGUGCCACCUUGAUCUGCAUCACCAGCACUUAUGAGUGUCUCCUGCUUCCUUUGCUUAGUUCUAUACGUCCUCCGUCUCCUCCUCUGCUGUGCUCGCGGGUGGGAGCGGAGGACACGUCUGUAAGCUCCCCGCUGCGUGGACUGGCUCACGACUCGUUCGAGCAGCACAUCCGGAACAUACUGGCACGCAGCUCCACCAAUCCGCUCAUGCUCAGGUCCGGGGAUAAGGACUCCUCCCCUCCCACUCCAGAGUGUCUGCAGCUACUGAACAGAGCCACGCAGGUCUUUCGGGAGGAGUACAUCCUCAAGCUGGACCUGGCCCGUGAGGAAAUGCAGAAAAGAGUCAAACUGCUGACCAGCCAGAAGAACAAGCAGCUGGAGGACCUCACAAUGUGCCGGGAGGACAGAAAGAGCCUGAGGGAGGCAGCAGAGCGCCUGGCCGACAAGUACGAGGACGCUAAAUAUCGGCAGGAAGCCAUUAUGAACAGGAUGAAGAAUGUGCUGGGCAGCCUGCGCAGUCAGCUUCCUGUGCUGUCCGACAGCGAGAAGGACAUGAAGAAAGAGCUGCAGACCAUCAACGACCAGCUGCGUCACCUCGACAACAGAAUCACACAGGUGAACAUGAAGAAGGACUACCAGAAGAAGCAGAUGGAUAAAGGCUCGUCUUCGGCCCGAGCCACUAUAACCUUAAACGCCCACCAGAGGAAGUGUGUUCAGGGCGUCUUAAAGGAACAGAGUGAACACAUCGCUGACAUGAUGAAGCAGAUCAAAGACAUCAAGAACCAUUUCAGCUUCUGAAGAGCAGCCCGAGAAGCGAGAGCCGUCCACGUCUCACGCACCACAUUGUUUUCAGCUCACAGUGCUGGGAUUCCUUUGCAGCUUGUCCGAUGACGAUGAGGACGAAAGAUAAGCUGACGCCUUUGUAUACGGUAGCUUUACUAGGUUAUGUCUACAAGUGUAACAAUCCAUUGGUGGAAAUAAAAGGUUUUUGUACAUUUAACAA